CGCAAAUUAAGAAUAACAACAACAACAAUCGCAAAGCAAAACAAAGGCCAUAUGUACAACUGCAGCAAAUUAAUCGAUUAUAACUGUAAUAAUGGCACGUAGUAACGAAACUCCGAAUUGACAACGUGGCAUUAUUACUAAAAUCUCGGUGGGUCUCUGAGAACUCACGACGUGACACACCUCUGGGCUUCUUCGCGAGGACGACGACGACGACAACAACAACAACUAUACUGUGCUGUCUUGCUGCUGCAGUUUGUCACACAUAAGUUGAUUGCUUAUCGAGUUUUUAAGAAGUAAAUCAAACAUGCCAAGAGCUGGCCCUGCAUACUCGAGCAGCGAUGAGCGCGGUCUCGUUUGAGCGCUAUCACUACGAGCCGGCCUGGCUGAAAAGAGCCAGCAGCAGCUGCAACGAGCCCAUUGCUCCCGUGAACAACGAAAAGUGCGAGUUCUGCAACGUAGAUGCCUCCGUGUACGGCAGUAACGACGACGACGAGGAGGGACGCCCGGUUGGCUACGCUCACAGCCGCUACGGUGACGACGAGGAAGAGGAUGAGCUCGAGACGGAGUGUCCGAGCGCUGGACGAGGCGCACCCGCGACUGUGCCCCUCUGCGUCCUUGGUGACGUGCAGCUGAGGUUUCUCUGUCCUGAUGAUCUCGAGGAGGUGCGCUCGCUCUGUCAAGUCUGGUUCCCGAUUGACUACCCUUAUGCGUGGUACGAAGACAUAACGAGCUCGUCGCGCUUUUACGCGCUCGCUGCUGUUUACGGAGGAGUGAUCAUAGGACUGAUAGUAGCAGAAAUCAAACCCUACGCCAAGUUAAACAAGGAGGACCGAGGCAUACUCUGUUCUAGCUUUGGCAUGGAUUCCCUAGUCGGCUACAUUCUUAGUCUCGGAGUCAGAAGAGCCUACCGGCGCAACGGCAUAGCGUCUCUUCUCUUGGAGCAGCUGUUGGCCCACGUCACUGCCCCCGAACGCUCGACGGUUAAGGCGGUCUUUCUACACGUUCUGUCGAGCAACAAGCCGGCGAUUCGCUUCUACCACAGGUGUAACUUUCGUCUCCACAGCUUCCUACCCUAUUAUUACUACAUAAAGGGCAAGUGCAAAGACGGCUUUACCUAUGUGCUUUACGUCAACGGAGGACACGCGCCGCGGGGUCUCUGGGACUGGAUGAGGCACUUUGCCGGCUCGGUCGCGAGUUUGAGCCCGUGUCGCGUACCGAGAUGGAUUUGGCAGCGACUGUUGUGGGCGGCCACUUUAUUUUUUUACCACAGAUGAUACUUCUGCAAACAAGUUUUCUCUUUGCCAAAGUCUAAUAACUCGUCAAUCAAACACCGGCACAUUUGAAAUUUCAUUUGUUAAAACAACUUUUUUUGUAGAUAUUUUUGCCCAGUAUAUUUUGUACUCGAUUUUUCGUGGUUAUUGCUUUUUUUUUUAUUAUUUUGUAAUGAUCCGGUAGCGUUAUCAUUUGAGGAAAAGUUUGUCGUGUUAUCAUGGCGCACUUUGUGUAGCGUUACAAUUGAACAAUUGAUAUUCCAACAAGUAACUUGAUUAGUUACUAUUGUACAUAAACACUAAAAUUAGAUCCUAAGUUAUGUUUAAUUUAUUAUAUUUCUAGAAAAGAAACUGCGAUAUUAUAACCGUAUGUAAUCAAACAGUAUAAAACAAAAAGUUAUACUCUGUUGGAUAUUACCGAACAAAUAGCUAUUGAAUUCGCAAUAUUUCGAUCAUAAUUCUGUGUUUCAACAUUUAAAGUUUUUUAAACGAGCUGAUGCUGUUUUAAAAAAUUUUAAUUGGAACCAUUUCAAGUUCUUAAGCUUUUUUUCUGUGCCAAAAAUUCGUUUUCAAAGUUACCCAAACUUUUUAAAUGAACUUUA